AUGUUGCAAAACCUCGAGGCACCUGCGAAAGACACGCGUCUCGUAAUGAACCUACAAACUGCGGGUCCACUGGGUGCUCAUGGCUUAAUUUGUAUGAAGGGAUAUCAAGGCAACCACCUUCCGUUUUGUGCCAAAUACGAUGGAGAAAAUUGCUGUUCCAGACGAUGCGGUUGGAGUUUUGGCCAGCCACGAUUUCUGCCACUGUCUACACGCUGCGCGGCUACUUCGUAUCCUGCUGAAAAUUGGAUAAUAAGACGUUGCCUUAGAAAGGAAAUUAAGUGGCCGGGCACGCCAUCCAAAGCCAACGACACACAGGAAAGCAGCGGCAAUAAUGCUCAAACAAAGGAAGCCCUUCCGGAGAUAAGAGCCAUUUUAAAGACACCCGAUUCGAUAAUUUCCUUAAAGAGCGAUGAAGAAGUGGAGAAAAAUAACGCCUCGACGGCGUCGGAUCACCUUCAUGUGGAGGUUCGAGUGAGUCCUCGCUAUUGCAGUGAAUCGCAAAAACUUGGCAAUCCAUUAGGCACACAGGGUAGCCAGCGAACAAAUGUACUUAGACUAGUGCCCUCAGAAAAGAUACAGAUACCCCGUGUGCUUAGAAUAACGAACAGAGACUUUAUGUUAACGCCAAAAAGUGCUGACGAAGAGUACAGCACAAACGCGAAUUUAGGUGAGCCGGAAGAAGAUAGAGUGAGUCGCGAAAUGGAAGUUCAAAUGGGCAACCUAGUACUUCCAUGUUCAUCUGACGGACUCGUCGAAAAGAGGGCCUCUCCUUUGAGGGCAGAAAACAGAGAGAAACGUCGAUUAUUUGAAGAAUAUUACCCACAAACAGGGUCACUGAGAGAGCUUGAUGAAGGGAGGAAAGCGUUGCGACAAUUCAUCCAAAGCAUCUCAGCCAAAAUAAAGAAGCUCACUCAAAAGAGUUAUUAA